AUGGCGGACGCCCGGAACGAGGCCCGGCAGCAGGAGAUCCUCCAGAACACGCGGGGGACCAGGUGUCUCCAGGGUGUGGUGACGACGAUUGAGCAGGGAACCAGCGAGCUGGUGACAAUGAUUCAGGUCAUCGCCGACAUGACUAGCAGCAUGGCGACGCUAAACAUGCAGCUGGACGCGCAGAUGACCCGCAGGGACCACAUGCUUACCGAGUUCCGUACGCUCGAGCGGAAAGCCCAGCAGUCCGUCAACCUCGCCAACAAAGCCGCUAUGCUGGCCAGGCUUGACGGCAAGAUGCAGAUGAUCGAAACGGCGUUGAAGUACCCUAUGAAGCACGACAUCAUGACGAAUUGGCACUCCAGGAAGAAGAUCGAGCAUCACAUAUUUUACAGCAAGCUCCGCGUGGACCCGGAGGCCCCGCCAGAACUCCCCACCGAGGUACCCCUGAAUCCUACGGCGAACCGCGGAUGUUUGGCCCAGAACAUGCUCGCGACCUUUCUCGUGCCGGCGAAGUCUGGGGACAUCCAGAUCGCACCCUCGAUGCAAGCUUCCGGCCAAACCACCGACAUCGUUGCGGACUCACGCAACGGCGUGUCGCACACGGGGCUUCUCUACGGCGGCUACCCCUACGCUGAGCGCGUCUAUUCCAUCGGGUACGCUGUGGACCCGGAGAUGGCGCUCCACAGCAAGGUGAAGCUCUGCUCCAAUGCCCUCAACGUCGAUACGGUGAGGCAGGCUCUCACGGAGAGGUCGGACCAGGAGAAGACGUACGAGCGGCCGGUCGGCAACACCAUCGCCGUGGACAGCGAACGCUCCAGCGGUCGCGAGGAGCUCUUCCAGUUCAACUUCGUCGGCAAGGAGCUCAGCAGCGACCGCGACACCACUUCCCACCAGGACGUCGUUCUUCAGUUCAGCAUGGCAGGAUCGCUGGCGCCUGCACAAGACCCCCUCCGACCCCACCUCGGCCCCCACGGCUUCGCCAUCGACUGCGUCCACGCUCUGCUCCACCAUGACGAGUCCCGGCGGGAGGAGGACCACAACAGGGGCAUCGCCACGACGCUGGGGACGGACUUUGGGUCGCUGAUCACGGACUUCUUGAUGCUGGCCUCGGACUUCUCUUCGCUGAAGGCGGUCUCCGUGGCACUGCCCGCGGACCACCUGCGCAUCAGCACCGACGCCAGCACCCAUCAGACUCAACGCGACACGCGCAUUGGCCGUCAACCAAUCACCCUGACCCAGGAGGGCAGUGUCUGCUGCCUUGGGGAGUGGCUCACCUUGCUGCUCGCCAGCUCCCAACACUUGCGCCGGUUGCAUGACUCGCUGGCGCAAGUGGCGCUCCCUGCGCACCCUGGCGGCAGCGCAAAUGCCGACGGAAACAACCGCGCGGUCCAAGAGCACGACCAGGCUGAGACCACCAUCGAAAACCGCAACACGGUCCAAGAGAACGUCCAGGACAUCCACCACGACACCCACGACGGUCAAGAGGACGCGGACGACAACAUCGACGUCCAUCACGACUCCCACGAGGACCUGGACGUCCACCACAGCAUGCACCACGACGUCCACGUCGACCAGAAGGAUAUAAGCGACCACACCAUCCACCACAACAUCCACGACGACCAGGGGCAGGCCUGUGGGAACCAGCAGCAGCAGUGCCCCAAGCCGCACGACGGCGAGCAACAGCUCGAGGAGCAGCACGACGACAGCCGACAGCAGCAGGGCCCUCAAUUGCACGAUUGCGAUCCUUAUACCGUGGCUACGGAUACGUUUCUGGCGCCCGCGGUGCCGCCCCAGGCGCUGCCCAGGCGCGCCGAGCUGUUCCGCGCCAACUCCAACACGGACGCUCCCACCUCUGGCCUCUGCCG